UCAGUCGGGCAGCGACCGCCGUGCAGUGAGUGUCGAGUGUCGCGACUGUUCGUGUCUGGCCGGCGCGUGUGGUGACCGGAGUGUGCGCGAAGUGUGAUCCGCUGCAGUGCGUCCCUCGCCGGGCCUUGGUGUGUUCGUGUUCUGCGUCUCAUCCACUAGCAUUUCACCUCUUUUUUUUUUUCCUUCUACUCAUUUCAAUCGUGCUCGAUUGCCCAACUGGCAUAACUUCCACUGCGAGUGUCGCCCGGUCGGCUGCAAGCUGUUCGCCUACUUCUCGGAGGGAGCGGAGAAGAUUUACCGCAGUGCGAGCGCGCCUGCACGAGUGGCGAGCGGCACCGAGGCGACGUGACGGCGACGCGGGCCUUUGUUCGCGGCAGGGAGCUGAGUGCGACAUGACGCUGCGGGCGAGCCUGCCACAGUGCUGACGAUGUUCCCCAGCGGAGCCAUGACUGCUGCCGCCGCGGCGGCAAGACACCCGGGGCCGCCUCAACCGGCGCAGCCCUUCAAGUUCACUGUCGCAGAGUCAUGCGACAGGAUAAAGGAAGAAUUCAACUUCCUGCAAGCCCAGUACCACAACCUUAAGCUGGAGUGCGAGAAGCUGGCGAGCGAGAAGAUCGAGAUCCAGCGCCACUACGUCAUGUACUACGAGAUGUCGUACGGGCUGAACGUCGAGAUGCACAAGCAGACGGAGAUUUCCAAGAGACUGAACGCCAUCAUCGCGCAAAUCCUGCCCUUCCUGUCACAAGAGCAUCAACAACAGGUGGCGACGGCGGUGGAGCGGGCUAAGCAGGUCACGAUGACGGAACUGAACGCCGUAGUAGGGCAACAGCGGCCAGACCUCCCCAGACUGCUGCAGCAGAUGCACGCCCAGCAGCUGCCGCACGCCGGCCACGCGCCGCCACUGCCCAUGAUGCCGCACCCCGGGCCGCCCAACGCCGCCGCCGCCUCGCUGCUCGGCCUAUCCGGCGCGCUGGCCGCGCCGCCCGGACACCCGCUCGCCAUGCUGGGCGCCGCCAAGCCAGACCUGCACCGCGACGACAAGCCGGCGCCCGGAGCAGUCCGUGCGCCGUCGGCCGGCCUCAGCUCAGCGGAGGAGCGCCACAGAAACUCAAUCUCACCAGCAGAGCGGGAGAAAUACCGACCACGUAGCUCACCUGAUCCUGAACACAAGAAAAUGAAAAAGGAGGAGAAAGACUGCCACGCAAGUGAUGGGGAGAAGAGUGAUCAGGACCUCGUAGUGGAUGAUGCAAGCGAGGAUCCUGUUUCACCACCAAAUGGCACUGCAUCCCCUCGAGAAAAUGGACUUGACAAGCUUGCACCAAAGAAGGAACACAUUGGACCACACAGCCCGAGGAGUGGAACGUCGUCAAAUGCGAGCACUCCCUCGACGAAGAAACUGGACGGCGAGAAACCGACGACUCCGAUCUCGAAGUCCGUGACUCCGACCAGUGGUGGCAGUAGCGGGGGUGGUAGUGGCGCAGGGGCGGCCGGGGGUAGUGGGUUGAAACCGGUGGUGAAGCCGCCCUCGCUGUACCCGCACUACCUCGCCGGGGCCGGGCCCCACGAGCUGCAGUCGUACGGUGCCGCUCUGCACAACAACCUACCGCCUGCACUCAACAGUUACCCGAGGCCACCUCUGGUCAGCUACGAGCCACACCCACAGAUGAGAGCACCCCUCGGGCCUGCUGGCCUCGGAGGCAUUCCGGGAGGAAAACCGGCCUACUCGUUCCACGUGAGCUCAGAUGGCCAGAUGCAGCCUGUGCCCUUCCCUCCAGAUGCACUCAUCGGUCCGGGCAUUCCGCGACACGCUCGCCAGAUCAAUACGCUGGCACACGGAGAGGUUGUGUGUGCAGUCACUAUCAGCAACCCUACAAAGUAUGUUUACACCGGUGGUAAAGGGUGUGUCAAAGUGUGGGACAUCAGCCAGCCUGGCUCAAAGAGCCCUGUUUCGCAGCUGGACUGUUUGCAACGCGACAACUACAUUCGCUCUGUGAAGUUGCUGCCAGACGGCAGGACUCUGAUCGUCGGUGGAGAGGCGAGCAAUCUCAGCAUCUGGGACUUGGCGUCCCCUACACCGCGGAUAAAAGCCGAGCUGACUUCUAGUGCGCCAGCUUGCUACGCCCUCGCUAUCAGCCCAGAUUCGAAGGUGUGCUUCAGCUGCUGCUCAGAUGGCAACAUUGCUGUAUGGGACCUCCACAAUCAGACUCUGGUACGGCAAUUCCAGGGUCAUACGGAUGGUGCCUCUUGUAUAGACAUUUCAGCAGAUGGCACUAAAUUGUGGACUGGUGGACUCGACAAUACAGUGCGGUCGUGGGACUUACGUGAAGGCAGACAGUUGCAACAACAUGAUUUUACAUCCCAAAUAUUCUCACUCGGUUACUGCCCUACAGGUGAAUGGCUUGCUGUUGGAAUGGAGAACUCCAAUGUUGAGGUGCUGCAUGCAGCUAAACCAGACAAAUACCAACUUCAUCUUCACGAAUCAUGUGUACUUUCUCUGAGGUUCGCUGCAUGUGGGAAAUGGUUUGUGUCCACUGGCAAGGACAAUCUCCUCAAUGCAUGGCGAACUCCAUAUGGAGCAUCUAUUUUCCAGUCAAAGGAGUCAUCAUCCGUGCUGAGCUGCGAUAUUUCAGCUGAUGACAAGUAUAUUGUGACAGGCUCUGGUGACAAGAAAGCAACUGUGUAUGAAGUUAUCUACUGACCAAUUUAUCCAUUCUUCUGAAAUACUGCAGAUGUGAUACUGUGAAUGUGUUUCCGGCAUGAAGAACUAAGUGUAAUUUUGACAAUACACGCCAAUAAGAAAGUGCUUGGAUCCUGAGCAUACUGCUGCACAGUUAAAUAUGACAUAUUGUGAGUAUAAAAAAGGAGGAAGUGUUUGGAAACUCUGAAAGAACUCAGGUGCAUUAUGUUGAGGAACAAACUGUUAUUAAUGGACAACAUGGAGUUAAAGAUAAAACAAUGGGCCUAUUGUAUAGAGAAAAUAUAUGGCACCAUUCAUUUUCUAAUUGUUGACUACACACAUGUAAUAAAUUUUAUUGAUGUCGUACACCUUUAAAAUAGUUUUAUCUGAAGUUCUUGUGCUCUUAAUGUAAAUGUGUAUGUAGUUUCUUAUAAAAUAGAUUUUUAGUUUUGCUCACAAAAAAGACUGCUGCAUAAUAUUUAUGAUAUUGGCAUGUAUGUGUGGGAAAGAUUUUGAGCUUCAUACACUUGUCACUGGAUCUGAAGAAAUAUAUUUUCCAUAAAUUUAGGAUUAUCACAUGUUGGUAACUAAAGCUUAGAGAUGUAAACUCUGUUUCUUUUGAUGUCUUAUUACCAUUACUCAUUUUAUGGUAACUUUCUUUAAUACUUCAGAUGUCCCUAAGUUAUUUUAAUUGUUUUUGCUUAUCUUGUUUCUACAGAAUUAGUCAAGAUUUGUAAAAUGUGAGUCAAAUUGCUUAGUUUUUGAGGUAUUUGCUCAUUAUGUCAUAUUAUGAAAGCCUUUGUCAUUGUUGAAUAACCAAUAUUAAGUAGACCACAUAUGAUCACUGUUUGAAAUGAUUAUUGUGUUUGACAGUUGUGGAGAAUAUUGUCUGAAGCUCAAAGUUGUUCACUCAAAUAUCUUGAAUGAUACUACAAUGGUAAAACCUUUGUCCGUAGUUUUGUUUGACUGUAUUGAAAGUUAUAUCAGCCUGGAUGAAUCAUCCUUUUUUGUUAUUUGGUAUCUUUGUAGGGUGCUGAACACCAUAACGCAAAAGCUGAUGUUUUUUGACCUAAAAAUAAUUUAUUAUUCACAAACACUGUUUUAUUGUGAAUGCUUUUGUUAAUUACAUCUUCAUACUUUGAUAAAUAUUGUUACUCUACUCAACUGUACAAUGUGAGAAUAAUAGAUUUCUGUCAUUAUUGACUUUUUUAUUUUUUCAUUCAUAAUUAUAAAUAUGAUGAAAAUAAAAUAAAUUUGACAUUUUUGUUUGUAAGCAGUGUUCCAUGUGGUCUCUAAAUUAUAAUGCAUUGAUAUUUAUAUAGUUCUACCUAAGUGAGCAGCUCACUCUAUAAUCACUUUGUUCAAAUUUCUUUAUUAUGUUUCUAUUGAUUUAAUCAAUUGAACUGUACAGCUUUAUUACCUUUCUAUGUAGUAAUUCAGUAACUAAAUCACAAAGUGGUUAUAGGUAUGAGAAAAGCUUAUGGGUGGUUCUCCUAGCUAGGUUUAUACUUGCAUGGUAUUGGGUACUGCUUGUAUUUAUCAGCAGGACCUGCCACCUAAAUUUAUCUUCAUCCUAUGGUCAGACAUAAUAGUACAUUUUUCCAAUGUACAAUACAGUUUGUGAUGGGACUAGAGAUGAUCAUUUUUCGUGCUUCAAUGAACAUUGUUAAAGUAAAGGUGUUGCUAGGUGUUAUCAUACAGCAAACAUGAAAAGCACAAAACUUUUAAUGUGAAGACAAAAACUGGCUUCUUCAUUGACUAAAUGUGCAUGCAUUUUGUGACUACCUUGUGCCAAUAAGUCACAGUUUCAAGCACUGCUGAUUACAUGUACCAAUUAUAUUAAGAAAAGUUAAUGCAUUGCUUAAAUAUUUGUUGGCAGAAUGAUUACAACUGUUGUUUGUUAGGUUGAGAAUGUAAUUUGCCACAUGGACUGUAUUGUUUCAAAUUAUUUAAAGAACAGAACCUUAUAUUAAAUAUUCAAACAUGUUACACAUUUUUCAAGUGUGAUACCCAUUUGAAAAUGCAAACAUAAAACACACACACACAUCAGUUUUGAUCUAGACAACUACCAGUGUGGUAUACUGUAUCACCUGAAUGUUACAUUUGAUGGAGAUAGGUGGAAUUUUUAUUUUUAUGUCUUUUCUGUGGGACAGGCUUGUGGUGGUGUGUUUUCUAUCACUAAAUUACUCUCUUUAUUACUAACAGAUUUGCUAUGUUUCUGUUCUGGUUUUUAAAAUUUGUAUCAUCUUCUUCACAUCCAUAAGGUGCAUUUUCAAGUCUUUUCAGUAUAGUAGAGGACUUAUUUGCAGUUAAAAGAUGCAGCCAAACUUCUUUGAUGUGUUGCCAUUUUUUCUUCCUUGUUUGAGAACAAGAAAGAAGAGGAGCAGCAGCUAUGUAUUCUUUGCAAUACAGUAAUUAGCAAAUCUUUUCUCACAGAGACACUAGAUAUAAUGCUUUGUUCCAGUUUUAAUUUUGCAAGUCUAGCUUUAUGGAACUGUAAAAGCCAUAUAUUGCAUUUUGUAGAAAGACAUUUUAAUAAUGCUGUUUGCUAGUUUGUUUACAAUAGUAGUAUUGUGGCAUACCAUUGAGAGCCUAACUUCAGUGAUGACAUGGAAUUUGUUUUAGAUCAACAGUAUGCUGAUCUGGUAACUGUUUCAAGCAUUGGUAUCUGUUCUUGUUAAUUGAUGAAACUAAGUUUUACUGUUGCCUUUUGUGAGAAUGUUUUCUUGUGGAUGCUUUUUAUGGUCAGUUUGAAGUUAAAAUUUUUCGAGACUCUAAAACCAUAUUUCUGACCUCAUAUCUUAAUUGAAAGGAAAGUUAUAAUUCUCCAUUGAAAAUAAUGUUAUAAUUUUCUUCUAGAACGUACUCAGGAGUUGAUUGUGGUACAUAAGCAAACUACGGAUUAGAAAUGAUAGCAGAGAGAAAGUAGUUUGCUAAUGUAUGUAACAUGCUGUCAUUUAAGAAAUGUGUUUGCUUUUUUCAACAUGGGAUACGUCAGGCUGACCUGGAAAGUCGAGGCAUGGAUCAGUUUCAACCCACUUCAAAGCAUGACCAACACUGUCACUCAUCAGAUAUUUAAUGCUACUCAUUUAAUAUAUUUGUAUGUUUUUUUUUUUUUUUUACCAAUAAGCAGUGCUAUACUGUGAAUUGUGGCUUCAAAUAUACAGCAAAUACGUGCUGCUGUUGUACAGAUUGUUUACCUGAAGGGGGGAAAAUUUGAUAUUUUAUUUUUAUAGCCAGUGCACACUUGAAAAUUUUUCAGAUAUAUCUCAUUAAGGCAGCUAAUUAGUGCUACAAGCUAUUAGCAAAAAAAUCACAGAGCAACAUGGUACCUCACAAGAAUUAAGCAAAUAUUCCCUUCAAACAGGACAAAAGAACAUACGUUUCAGUUGCCUCUUCAAUUUACUGUGAUAUGUAUAUAAGCUAUACAUGCUGAUAACACAGGAAAGAUCUACCUGUGAUUCUAUUACUGUAAGUCAUUUAUACAUGUCAAGUAAAACAAGCAGCCACAUUCUACCUCAGAAUGAAACAAGUAUUUUUAAUUUUUGUUUUCCUUCUUCAGAAGUGUAAGUAAUACACACAGAAAAAAUAUUUCUACAAAAUGUAUAUUGUAAAAUAUGUGACGAUUUAUGUGCUGCUUAAUGAGUGUUAUUAUUCAGAAUUCUGUAUUGAUGACCUCUUUAGAAAUUUUUCAUAAGUUGCUCCAUCAUGGAGGAUUCAGGUAUCCAAUGAAGUUUUCUUUUAAUGAACUCUAGCUGAAACUAAUCCUUCCUAAUAAUUAAGAGUGGUUUCAAGAAUCAUUGUAAUCUAUUGGAAGUUCUUCUGUUCAGACAAAGCUGUUUGGUAUAACUGUUAUCUGCAUGUGACGCAGAGAUCAGUUUUAAAAGGGCAAGAUAUUUCUGUUGCUUUGUGUAACUAUGAAAAUUAAAAUGUUUCUUUGUGCAUAAUAAAAAAUGAUAUAUCAUUUAAUGUUAAA